GAAGAAGAAGAAGAAGAACACUCAGCUGAGCCAUCGAACAUGACUUCUGCAUGACUGAAGCUGUGCCUCCUGUGUUGUGAGCAGCAGCGCAAUGCGGAGAUGAAGGCGCUUCGCUGCUUCUGCUUCUGUUCUCUGCUUCUGCUGAAAGUGUCCGCGGGAUUCGGAGAUCUGAGGCGUCCUGAGAACGUCAGCGUCGACUCGCUCAACACCCGUUAUGUGCUGCGGUGGGACUGGCCUCAUGAGACCGCCGCCAACCAGACUGUCACCUUCACUGCGCAGUAUCUACGGGAGUUUCGGUCCCGGAAGGACAGUAAUGAGAAGUACUGGACAUCGGUGUGUGUCAAUGUUUUGGAGCAUCGCUGUGAUUUCACUGGAGCUAUAAAUUACAAAAUCUUUUUUCUGCUGCGUGUGCGGGCAAACACGUCACAGCAGUCUUCCGGCUGGGUCCAGAUCAGUUUCUGUCCUGAUGAACACGCUGCUUUAGGUCCUCCCUCCAGCUUGAAGCUGAGCUCGAUUAAAGGAGAUCUAGAGAUCAUCAUCACCGAUCCUCUGAGCAGCACUAACCAGUCCAUGAAAACUUUGCUGAACAACAGGUUGAGCUACCUCAUCCAGUACUGGAGGCGCUCUGAAGAGCCUCAGAAGGCUAAAGUCCUGGAGACGAAGAACAAUCUGGAGAUGCUGACUGAGCUGGACAGACAGACGUGGUACUGCGUGAGAGUUCAGAGCCGUGAUGGCUCCCAUAACAAGAGCAGCGUCUUCAGCGACACACACUGCACACCGAAUAUUUAUACUCUGUUACCUGCUCCAAAAGGAUAUAUAUCAUAA